AUCGACCGCGAUCGGUUUAGUGCGGCGGAUCAAGUUCAGCAAGCAGCAGCAGCAGCAGCAGCAGCAGUUAGCAGCGCAUCUCUCGAAGACGAGGCGACAGUUCGCAGUCAAUUCGAAGCAAAGAGCAGCAGCAUCCAAAGAGAAGCAAACUAAAAGUUGUGAUCAUUUUGACAAUUUUUGUUUUGUGACACGGUCUUAAUAAACGUGAAAAAAGGGAAACACUGUCAACGCAACUGUUUGAGCGCAUCGUACACGGAUUUAGUGGCAAACACGCUCGGUACGACAGGCCCUUUCGGUGUGUUCAGUUCUUCAAAAAGACGCAAGAAAACACGCUUCACUUUGUAAAAAUCGAAUCAAGAAAGGUUAAAACUUAAACGUGAUCAUUUACCAUACAAGUGCUAGUGUCGUCCUGUACCCAGUGUGUGUGUGACAAUGAGUGGAGGAUUCUUCUUUGAGCACAUCGUCGAGUUUCUGCUUCCGAAGCAGCCCGCCCAGCAGGAAGCCGAUGUGGCGAAGUGUACCGCAGCAGCCGCCGCCCAGUCAGUGAUCAAGAAAUAGUGUUCUUUCCACUGGCUGUUUGACAGGCUACGGCUGACAGUUGUACCAGGAGAAGACUAAAGUAUAACUAUUGACAGCGUUUGAGUGAACAGUGAAACAAAAAUCGAAGCCUUUUAAAACACAAGUAGAAGAAAAGAAAAACAAUGUUGAAAAAGUACGUGCUCAAACUGACCAACACCAUCGGUACGGUCGACUACCUCAAGCGCCGAUCAUCCACACCGACGGAAGUAAUCCGCCAGCAACAGCAGCAGCAGCAACAGCACCAACAAUACCAGGAAAAUCUACCCCACUCCCAGAAGGGCCCCGGGUUGGGCAAGUUUACGCGCAAUGGGCGCAAAUGUUUGCGUCGCCGGUUCUCCAGCAUCUCGUCCGCGGACAGCGGCAUCCUGGAGGAGAUCGACCAGGAGGACGAGCUGCAGGCCCAGAUGCAGCAGCGCCAGGAGCAGCAUCAGCAGCAGCAGCAGCAGAAGCAGAGGGAACGGCUCGAGGAGGACCCACUGGAGCACGAUUCUGCCCUGACGACGCCGGCUUCGGAGGAGGUCGACAGUGGCAGUGGGACAGUCACGGCCACGGCCACCAUCCGGCUACCUCCGACCACCCUCGAUACGGCGCUGCUAGCAGUGCCGGUCGCACAAAUCAUCAUCUCGACCGCGAUAGCGGAACUCCGGAGCGCACUGCUGUUCUAUCCAUGGUUCCACGGCAAUCUGUCCGCUAAGGAGGCGGAAAAGCUUAUCCUAGAACGUGGCAAGAAUGGUUCGUUUCUAGUGCGUGAAUCUCAAAGCAAGCUCAGUGAUUUCGUGCUCUCGGUCCGGGCGGACGAUAAGGUGACGCACGUCAUGAUUCGAUGGCAUGAGAAAAUGUACGACGUCGGCGGUGGGCAAAAGUUCGCAACCCUGUGUGACCUGAUCGAGCACUACAAGCGCAACCCGAUGGUGGAAACGUGCGGCACGGUCGUCCACCUGCGGCAGCCGUUCAACGCGACCCGCAUCACGGCGGCCGGCAUCAACGAUCGGGUCGAGCAGCUGCAGCGCGAAAACGGGGGCCAAUCGUACGGGAAGGGCGGCUUCUGGGAGGAGUUCGAAUCUCUGCAGCAGCAGGAGUGCCGGCACACGUUCUCGCGCCGCGAGGGCCAGCGGAACGAAAACCGGGCCAAGAAUAGAUAUAAGAACAUUUUACCAUUUGACCACACGCGCGUGAAGCUGAAAGACGUGGACAGCACGGUGCCGGGCGCGGACUACAUUAAUGCCAACUACAUUCGCCAACCGACGGAGGCGGAACAGAACGACAUGAGCUCGUCGUCCGAGAACCUGGCCCAGUCGGCGGGUUCGGCGCUGAACAACGGGUACUCCCAGCCGAACGCCACCAACAACAAUGGCACCAACGGUAACAGUGCGUGCCAGGGCUACAGUGCCGGUUCGGUGGCGCCGACGAAAAACUGCUCCAGCUGUCAGCUGCUCAACAAACCCUGCUCCCAGUGCUCCCUGAAGGCCAGCAGCGAGAUGAAGCAUAAACGCAACGAGUCGAUCACCUCGCGCAUGCAGCUGCAGCAACAGUCGCCCCACAAGCGGGACGAGAAGGACAUGUUCAAGACGUACAUCGCGACGCAGGGCUGCCUGACCAACACGAUACAGGACUUCUGGAACAUGAUCUGGCAGGAGAACACGCGCGUCAUCGUCAUGACAACCAAAGAGAUGGAGCGGGGCAAGAAGAAGUGCGAAAAGUAUUGGCCCGAUCCGCAGCAGAGCAAGGAGUGGGGCCACGCCCGGGUCCGCUGUCUGAGCGAGACGAGCACCGCCGACUACACGCUGCGCGAGUUUCUGCUGUCCUGGCGCGGGCAGGAGGAUCGCAAAAUCUACCAGUACCACUUCCAGGUGUGGCCCGACCACGGCGUACCGGCGGAUCCGGGCUGCGUGCUCAACUUCCUGCAGGACGUGAACACGCGCCAGGCCCAGCUGCAGCUGGAGGGUUUGAUGCCGGGUCCCAUUUGUGUGCACUGUUCGGCUGGCAUCGGGCGGACGGGCACGUUUAUCGUGAUCGAUAUGAUUUUGGAUCAGAUUCUGCGUCAAGGUCACGAGUGUGAGAUUGACAUUCAGCGGACAAUUCAGAUGGUGCGCUCGCAGCGUUCCGGCAUGGUGCAGACGGAAGCUCAAUACAAGUUCGUCUACUUCGCCGUCCAGCACUACAUCCAGACGCUGCUGCAGCGGAAGCAGGCCGAGCAGCAGAGCCUGCAGGUGGGCCGCGAGUACACCAACAUUAAAUAUGCAUGCGACUCGAAUGAUCUGCAGCGAACCCAGCUACUCCCAUCGCUGUCAACAUUAAGCUUAAACACAAGACAAGACUUGCAGAACAAUCGUAUGCAGCACAACCACACGAUUAGGUCGACAUCGGACUCGCAGUUGCCAUUACCGAGAACUGUGAACGAUCUAAAUAACUCACUAUCAGUAUAUGAGAACAUUCGCAAAGAAGCUGUACGAGCACCACCGCCUACACCACCGAGAAAAUCAUGACAAAUGGAUUUUUAAAACUUAUAAGGCAAAUGCUGUGAAAAACAAACAAACAUGAAACAUGUGAAAACUACCACCAACAAUCUACAUAUACACACCCCUUACGGGCAUUGGUUGGUCCAUAUACAUCUAUUCUCUUUAUUCUGCUUGUUGCGAGAACCGCUGUUGCGAACCGUCGUAGUCUGUGCCUGUGUUUGCAUUGCGACCGUGGCGCUAGCCAAGCGGACGGAAACCAACUUAGACGAUUCGUCUAUGCGCGCACGGUGCGUCAGAAGUGCGCAUUUCCUGCGCGACCGCACCGUCGUCCUAUAUGCGUGUAUGCAGCCCUGGAAGUGCUGUAUAUGUUUCCAUACCACUUGUUUUGCUAUGACAAAAAGGGGUGUACUACGAGGUGUGCUGUGUUGAUCGGUCACAGUGCCUCUAACCUGUGUAGCAACAGUUGUGUGCGGCAGCUGACACACGAUCGAUCACUGAUCCACCUCUUAGCCCAUCAAUGUCGUCCUGUUGGGUAGCAAAUGUUACGGCAUUUCUGUGUUAUAGUCGUUGUAGAUUGAGUUGUUUUAGAGGAGAUGCGUUUCAUUGUAAAAUACCUGUACAGCAAUGAUGUGAGCGUUUUUUGCGUUUUUUUUGUUUUGAUUCUAUUUUACGCGUCUUCGCGACUCCUUAAUAACUGCGCCAAUACCGCUGUGGCCGAGUUUUUUUGGGGGGGAUCGAUAGCAGCAUGGAUUAGAUGCAACUAUUUCCAACUAUUCUAUGUGCAUUGAAUGUGUAGCGCUGCUUGUUUUGAAACCA